AUGAACUCAUUGUCCAGUUCAUCAAACAAUAAGUCAACAAAUUUUUCGUUCAUUAUUCUUCCUAUUGACUUUUUUCUUUUCUUUUGUUUAUCUAUUAACAAGCAAUUCAUCUCAAUUUCCGAUUAUUUAACUGCAAACUUAUCAUCGACGAAAAGAAAUCAUGUAAUGUCGACAAGUGAAUCAAACAAUCACACUGCAACCAAUGGUAAGAUGCAGUCGAAUCUAAUCAAUUCCACUUCAUCAUCCAUACAUCCGUUAAAUUCUCAACCACAGACACCAUCGCCUCCGCCAUUAGCAAUCACAUAUCAUGCAUCAGUGCCUCCAUCGCCAGCACAGUUCAACGAAGAUAAACAUGGUGAACGAUUUCAAAAGAAAGGCAAACAAAUUCUAUUCGAAUUCGAUCAAAUCGUUAAAGGUAUCGAUCAUUUCCUCCUCUUGCCAUCAUCAUUUACUAUAAUCAAUGAGUGUGAGCAGAAAGAUAUCAAAGUUGUCUAUGCUACAAUGGUGAACUAUACAUGCGGCGUCGCAUCAACCAAAAAUAAUAUCCGACGUUCGUCAAAUUCGCAGUUGACGCUCUUACGUAAACAAACUGAACGAUAUAGACUUUAUAUUCGGUUUCAACUUAAUGAACAAUUAAAAUGUUUGGAACAACGUACUGAAACGCAAUUGAUAAUCCUCGCUGAAAUUCAAGAAUAUUUCAAACGUCGUGCUGACGUCGAACUUGACUAUGCUAAGAAUCUCGAUAAUUUACAUAAGCAAAUCGGUCAAAAACAUCGUGCACAAAAAGCCAGGCGCGAAACCUGGAUACUUCAAUCCGUGUACAAACUAUGGGAUACCAUCGUUCAAGACACUCGCACUCAUGUGAAAUACCAUACAAUUAUGUCUGAUGUGUGUGGAAAGUACAUGUACGAUAAAUUCAAUGAAAUUGCCGAUGACACUCGACGAAUGUUUACAAAAUGCAAAUCCGUCGGUUUAGCUAGUCAUGAAGACAUCUACAAAGUACUUAAUGAAUUACAGAGUACAAUGAAAACCUAUCAUCAGUAUCAGAGUGAGAGUAAACAAGCCGAACAAAAACUACGAAAUAUUCAACAGCAGAUGGCUAAAAUCAAAAAUAUCAAAAAACAAAAAGGCAUGGAGAACCGAGUUGAAAAAAGACAGCUGAAAUAUACUGAGACCAAAGUGAAAGCAUUCAAAGCGCGCAAUGAUUAUCUGAUGACAAUUGAAUCGGUGAAUGCCGCACUGCAGAAAUAUUGUUUGGAUGAUGUACCAGAUCUGAUUGAUUGUAUAAAUUUCGGUUUUCACACAUCAGUGGCGAAGACUAUCCAAAUGUAUUUAUCUGCACAAGAAAAUAUCAAACGUGGCCGACAAGCGACGAUUGAAACAUUGAAUCGAGCGAUUGGUGAUUUAGAUACAGUUACUGAUAAACAAAAGUACUUAGAAGCGAAUGCAUCAGUAUUCACAAUUCUGAAGAAGAUUAAAUUUGAACCACACAAAGGUGAUGAAGUUACAGCUGUCAAUGCUCAAGUAUUAAUUCGUGAUGAGAUGCAAUCUCGUUUUCUUCAAAUGCAAAAUCGACUGGCAGGAUUAAAAACAGAAAAUGACGAGAUAUUCAAAACAAUCGAAGCAACUGAGCAAUCACUAAUGGAACAUAUCAACACGAAAAACUCGGAUGUAUCCGAUUUAUUCAAAGACCUUAAUUUACCACAGAAUACUUCAAAAGACACACGAAAAGAAAUCGAAGAUUAUUACGUCGAGAAAUUUAAGCAAUAUACAUUAAGCAGUAAUCUAAUUUCACGUUUACAAGCUCGUCAUGACAUUAUGCAGAAAGCGUUGGGAACGGCGCCAGGGACCAGCGGUGUUGAAGAUAAAAAUUUAAUACGUCGACCGAUAAAACCGAAACAAAUUGGUCGAGCGCCCAUUAUCGGUCGGCCACGUCUAUUUGGUGGGAAAUUAUUAGACUAUAUUCAAGUUACUCAACAGCACGUACCACUGAUUAUUUCAUCAUGUGUUAGUGCAAUCAAUCGACUUGGUUUGCAUAAUCAGGGCAUCUUUCGAGUGCCUGGUGCACAAGUUGAUAUUAAUCAAUUUAAAGAAGCCUUUGAAAAGGGUGAAGAUCCAUUAGUGAAUAUUACAGGUCGUGAUAUGAAUUCUGUUGCUGGCGUAUUGAAAUUGUAUUUUCGAGAAUUGAAAGAACCUCUGUUCUCUCGAGAUAUGUUCGAUUCAUUUAUUGGAUGUAUUGUUGAUGUCGAAUCUGAAGAGAAAUGUGUGGAUAAUGUAUGUCAAGUUGUGAAAUUACUUCCUCGUCCAAUCUUCAUUGUCAUGCGUUACUUUUUUGCUUUUCUCAAUCAUCUGGCCGAAUAUUCCGAUGAAAAUAUGAUGGAUGCGUCCAAUCUAGCUAGUUGUUUAGCACCUACGUUAAUGCCCAUCCCUGAAGAUAAAGAUCAAGUGCAAUAUUUAACACAUACAAUUGAAUUGAUUCGAAUCAUCAUUAUACAUUACGAAGAAAUCUUUCCAUCAGACGGCGACGGACCUGUCUAUGAGAAAUUUGCCAUUAUGGUUCCAAUUGAUGGCGAAGAAGAUGAAGAUGAUGAAGGAAUCAGCGAACGAUCGUUAAGACGAACGCCGAGCGACGAUGCAUCGCAAGAUUCCGAUUAUUGUACCGAAGAUUUGAAUCUAAUGAAUGAGACUGCUGUUUGAAUUGAUAAAGAAUUAUCAUUCAAGAAAGGUCAAACGAUCUAUAUUAUCAAGAAAAUGAACCAUGAAUGGUGGCAAGGUUAUCUAGCCGGUGGAAACGAGUUGGGCUAUGUUCCUGAUGGGUAUAUCAAACUGAAACCAAGACAUCGCGAUUCGACUCCAAGCCGAAAUCAUCCCGCAUUGAGUAUUACUCCUGAUCCAUCAUCGUCAUUGAAUUCGAUAAAUUUAACAGCAACCUCCUCAUCAGAUCAACUCGACGCACCUGUUGUCUAUCGACCACCAUCGGAUUUGUCACUUGUCGAUGAACGACGUCUUGAAACCGCGAAAGAAACGGAAAUCGUUGAAGUUGAUUCUGAUAUCGAUGAUGAAGUUGAUAAUGAUGUCGAUGACGAUUCCGAUGGCUCACAAGAAAAUACCUAUGAAAAUACAAAUCAUACCAAUAAUUCCCAAGCAGUCCAGCGCUCCAUAUACGAUGUCUUACCACCGAGUCCACCUGUUCCUCAAACUACAGCCGAACAACCUCAAUCGAGAUCAUCGACAUCGUCCUCAUCACGUUUGACAUCCACAAACGAACAGCAAAUCAUUGAUAUCGAUACUGCAUUACGUGAAGUUCUAUCAGGUAUUCGUACUGUCGAAGAAUGUCAUGCUCAAUGCUUUCGUUCGAUAUCACUAACAAACAAUCAUCAUGACGAACGUUUAUCAACACAACAUGAAAAUGAUGCACCCGAUCUCGUUCUCAAUUUGCCUAUUUCAAGUGGUCUCAUCACACCACCUGCUUCAAAGUCGAUCGAUAACACUAUCAAUGAGCAUCCAUCAUCAAAAUCAUCAUCAACGAAUAGUUCGCCAAUUCAUUAUCCGCCAGAUACGAUGAACAAUAACAAUGGAUUAGUUCAAUCAACUAUCAUCAGUGAAUCAGCGCGCACGUCACGAUCAAAUUCGUCGUCAACACCGACUGUAACUUUUAUUGAAAAGAUUCGACCAUCACCAGAACCUAGUAAUCGAAAAAAGAUUCCACCACCAAUUAUGAAAAAGCCCGAAAAAACUGUCGAAUUACUCAAACGACUUGGCCUUCAUCCAUCUACUGAUACAUCAUGCAGUGCUCUCAGUGUUUCAUCAUCAUCCUCUUCAACAUCAUCAUCGCAUUCACAUCCGCAAGCUAUACCUGCUGCGGGCUCAUCAAAAACAACUGACGUCUAA